GUCUUGAUUUACUUAUCUUACUUCUGUCUUUUGAUAUUGAUCAUUAUAGAUAUCAAAGCGUAUUAAAACAUGAAUGACCCUGAUAGCAAUGCAUGGGUCUUCGAUUCAUUAGUGGGCUUUCUUCAUGGACCUGUCUGGAAUGUACCACUGCAAACAUUUAUAGAAGAGAAGUCUUUGCCAUUUGAACCAACUGACUCAGGAGAAGUAAUAGACAGGCCAGAAUAUAAAAAAAUCCACGACGAAUACCGUAACUUGGUAGACGUUAUGUUGGGAUCAUUUAUGGACGAUAUAGGCAUUUCUGCUGAUCAGUUCGAAGCAGCCUGUCGUAUAUCUGCUCACGAUCUUGCCGAACUCCCUGCGUAUUUCCACAAGCGUUUGUUUGAACAGAUCUGGGCUGCAAAUGACUACGACAUGUUCGUUAAAAUGAUGACUCAUAAGAACGUAGAACUUCAGCUACAGGCACUGGAACUUAUUGAACAGCGUUACGGAGUAUUGCCCAACCUGUUUUCGUCUGAUUCUGAAGACUUAGAUGCGUCACGAAGUGAAGAAGAGGAUGGUUGGCAGGACAAUGAUGACGUCAUGACCGAAAUUAAAAAGCUUCAGUUGAACGAUUUCGAGGGUGCGGAUGACGCAGUCGCUGUACCACCAAAAGACGUCGUGGUAGAAAAAAAGAUUCUUCUUUCUAAAUUACAAACAUUUGAAAAGAAAGAGGAUAAGAUUGAAAAGAAAGAAGCGAAAAGAGAUAAAGAGGAACCGAUAUCGAAAUCGAAACCCACUGUACCGAUUAUUCCUGUUCAAAAAGUAGAAGUAAGUGAGGAGGACGUACAAGCUCGACAGCAAUACCUCAAACAGCAGAGAGACAAGUUGUUGGCACUCAAAAAACAAGUUCGCGAGAAACAACUUGGAGCCGCUGAAACACCAUCUGAUUUAGGAGGCGAAGGCAGCAGGUGCCAGAGGCCUCGGUCAGCUCGUGCGGCGCAGGCAGCGCUCAAAGGCAGCAUGUCGCAGCCACCGCCCGACGCCAUGCAACUGCGCCGGGCCCUCGCUUCUAAGCUAAAGGCAGAAGUUGUCGAUAUCCACAACUAACCAACUAUUAUUACAAUUUUCAAGAUAUCUUGGCGGCACUUAAAUUCGCGCGAGAAACUUUCGCAGAAAACAAUUUGAAGUGUAUCGGGGCGUGGCGGGAUGCGGGGGGAGGGCACUGUGCAGAGCGCCGACGACCUUGGGCCGCCAAGACUUAUGAAAGGAGUAAUAACGGAGUUUUUUAGAAUUUGUCUAAGCAAAUAUUCAGCCACUUGUCAUUUAAUGUUCUUCAUAAAUUAUU